AUAGUUUCUUACUUGGUGGGUGGGAGGGAGGAGGUGAUGUAAAUUUUUAUCUGAUGCUUUCCAGCUGAGUCUUCACAGGCAGAGCAGAGUAAGAGGUGAGCAGAAUGGAGGAAUCAUAUUAUGAGAAUUACUGGGACAAGACAACGCUCUCUCUCACAGACAGUCCAGCACCCUCAUCUGCAUCCAGGUUCAGACGGUGGCUGUUUCCUGGUUUGAUUGUCAUGGUCCUGCUGAUUCUGAUCAUAGUGAUGGGAAGUACCAACAGGAAGAUGUCAAAUCGUCUGGGGACUUUGGAGCAGAGGGUUUCCAACCUCAGUAACAUCAUCCAAUCACUGAAUGCCUCACUGCAUCACACUCAAGAAACAGCUAAACAAGUUCAGCAGCUUCAGUAUGCUGUUGAGAACAACACGAACCAGCUUAACUCAGUGUCAGAGGCGCUGAAGCAGCUGUCGGUCAUCAACUCUCUGAGCAAGAGCAUCGCUGCCAUCAAAUGUUCCCUUGAACACGUCAUCAACAACAGUUCAACUACAGGUGGUUGUUGUCCUGUGGGUUGGACUGUGUUUGAGUCCAACUGUUACUUCUUCAGCAGUGAUUCUCGGUCCUGGAACGAGUCCAGAGACUGGUGUGAAGCACAACAAGCUCACCUGCUCAUUCUGCACAACGACAAGGAGUGGGACUUUGUGACCCGCAGGAGCAUGCCUCGCUUUUACUGGAUCGGUUUGUCUGACUGGAGGACUGGGAGCUGGGAGUGGGUGAACCAGACGCCGUACACUAUGGAGCCCAGGCGGUGGAAACCCGGGCAGCCGGACAACUGGACCGGUCUCGGUCACGGAGAUGAAGACUGCGCUCACCUUUAUGAUGAUGGACUCCUGAAUGAUGUGCACUGCUCCACCAAGAUGCAGUUCAUCUGUCAGAAACCUACCGCGAAUGCCUGAACACACCUGCUUCCCUGGCUUUGCCCACAUCUGCUCUCAGAUUACACCGCAUCAUAGAAAACUUGUCAUAUAAUGAAGAUAUCCCACUUUCUGGACUUACUGCUCUACAGGGGGCGCUCUCCAGCAGAAAGACCUUUAAUUGCAACACAUGAGCUCUUUAAUGAGCGUCCUGAUGCCCUCAGGUGUGCUCAGAGGAGAAUCUGAGGAGAUCCUCCAACAUUACCUGCGCUACAACUCUGACGCUCAAUGCUACAUCUGGAAAUACAACAGCACUGUUCAGGACAUCAUGAAGAUGUUGAACGAGAACAGCACUCCAGUGAGACCUGCUCAGCCCCGCUGUCCUCCUUCCUCUUAAAUGACAACCUCACUGAGGGCUGACCUCUUGAACGUUGGACUUUCACUAGGUCAUGAGUUGGGUUUUGUUUUAGCUACAUACUAAUGAGGAACUUUAUUUUAAAAAAAACCUACCUUUUGAAUGAAUAAAAUUAUGUAUAAAGAGGUUAAUGUUAGCCAAACCCUACCCUCAACUCUUAAUGGGUUGCUUGUGACCAAGCGUAUGCUAGGACAUGACAUUAUUAUUUUAGCUAUUUCCAAUCAUUUGUGGCUGCGCAUUUGUUUUUCUUGUUAGUUUGCUUUAAUCCUUUUGGUCAUCAUGCUGUAUUGUGCACAUGUGGGUAAAACACACAUCAAGGGCUGGACUAGGCCAUGUAACAUCUCAGUAAGGUGUUUCAUCAGUGCCAAAUAAUUAGCAAGAUCUAAUAAUAUUUUAACAGUAUUUUCACUGUAACCUUUAACCAUGCUUCCAGUCAGUUAACCAUGAUGUGGUAAUUUUUUAUAAACUUAUCUAAGUCUGUGGUCCUGAAGUAGAAAUGCUGGCCACUCCAACCUAGGGGACGAACCUAGUGGACAUUAAAGGAGGACAUCCUUACCCAUAGACUCUCACAUUCAAAUGUCCAAGUUCAAAGCAGAAAUAAACAUUGUUACAGCCUGAUUACAAAAAAUUGUUUUGGUCUCUAUAUCUACACCCCUGCUUUAUAGCAAUAAACUUACUUUUUUAAAGCAUCUGAAUAAAGCCGUGUCAGUGUCA